UGGUCUGGGCACUGCGCAGUGACUCCGCAGCGGAGCCGGAGCCCGAGCCGGAGCCCGAGCCGGAGCCGGAGCCGGGAGCCGGGAGCCGGGAGCCCGGAGCCGGGAGCCCGGAGCCGGAGCCCAGGCCAGCUCCGCUGGGCCGAUCGCUGGUUCGAUCCUCCUUCCCUCCCUCCCUCCUCGUCCUCUUCCUCUUCCUCCUCCCUCCCGCAUUAUCUACCCCCCCCCACCCCCGACUCCUGUCGGCCCCUCUCCCCAGGCCUGCAGCCCCCGUGCGCGCCCGCAACCCUCGGCGGCCCCCCUCCCCCCGGGCCGGCACCAGCGCCAGCGCCGGGACCCGGGGGGGGAGGACAGAGAGGCGGCGGCGGCGGGGGAGGAGGAGAACGACGACGAAGAGGAGGAGGCCAAAGCAGCUGCCUCCGGGGGCUGUGGCCCGAGGCCCCGGGCGCCCGCAGCGGGGCCCCCAUGGACGAGUCGGGGGGCGGCGCGGGGGGGGCCGCCGGGGAGAGCCCCAGCCGCGCCGUGGAGUACCUGCUGGAGCUGAAUAACAUUAUCGAAGGGCAGCAGCAGCUGCUGGAGACUCAGCGGAGGCGCAUCGAGGAGCUGGAGGGCCAAGUGGACCGGCUAAGCCGGGAGAACCGAGACCUGCGCGCCGGCGCUGCGGCGGCGGCCGGAGCGGGGCCCCUGCAGGCCCGGGAGAGCCCCUAUCAGAACCUGCGAGACACCCAGCGCCUGCACCUGCGCCGCGAGCCCCGGCCGGGGCACUCGCACCGGACACCGCCACCGCCGCUGCCCAUCGCCGGGAAGGCGGCGUACGGAGCGCGGGCAGAGCACCACCAUCACCGAGGGGAGCACCAGAGAGACGGGCCUUUCGUCGGCGGCGCCCCCUGCCAUCUGCACCACGAGCGCGCCGUCCGGGACUGCCCCGGGAGCCGCCACCACCCCUGCGAGGAGCCCUCUCCAUACCCGGGAGGGGGAGGUGCGGGGGGCCGGAGCGAGCAGCCUCCCCCGCCGCCGCAACCCCCCCAGGCGCCGCAGCAGCAGCCUCCGCCGCCACCGCCACCGCCGCCACAGCAGCAGCAGCAGCAGCAGCAGCAGCAGCCCCCCCAGGCGCCGCAGCAGCCCCCCCAAGUGCCGCCGCAGCCACAGCCCCCGCAGCCACCCCGGGGCCAGAUGAGCCGGGGGGCCUCCAGAAGCUCCAGUCCGGGGGCGGGCGGGGGCCACAGCACCAGCGGAAGCACCAGCCCGGCUACGACCCUUCGGAGAAAGUCUGAUGGGGAGAACUCUCGAACUGUCAGGUCCACAGAGUCUCCCACCCUCCACCAGUAUUGCUGUCCUGCCCAGGUGUUCCUCUCCAUGCAGCUACUCCCCCCAGGCAGGCCGACCGAGAGCAGUGUGGAGGGCGAUGCCCCGUCCAGUGAUCUGGGCGUCGGGGCCGACAGUCCGGAAAGCCAGGCCCCCUACCGUUGCGGGGGCAGUGGUGUUGUCAGCGAGUUCGCCAAGUUGUCGGACCCCUAUGAGCUGUCCCCAGCUGCCUGCCAUGUCCACAUGCCCGGCCCGUCCGCCGCCACCGGCCUGCCCUGGGCCCAGCGGGCUCGCCUCCAGCCCGCCAGCCUGGCGCUGCGCAAGCAGGAGGAAGAGGAGAUGAAGAGGUCCAAGGCCCUCUCCGACAGCUACGAGCUUUCCACAGACCUGCAGGACAAGAAGGUGGAGAUGCUGGAGAGGAAGUACGGCGGGCCGUUCCUGAGCCGGCGGGCAGCCCGCACCAUCCAGACAGCCUUCCGCCAGUACCGCAUGAACAAGAACUUCGAGCGGCUGCGCAGCUCGGCCUCGGAGAGCCGCAUGUCCCGGCGCAUCAUCCUGUCUAACAUGCGCAUGCAAUUCUCCUUUGAGGAGUACGACAAGGGCCAGAACGCCCCAUACUUCGAGGGCAAGCCAGCCUCCUUGGACGAGGGCGCCAUGGUGGGGGCCCGGGCCCAUCGGCUUGAGCGCGGCCUCCCCUACGGGGGCUCCUGCAGCGGCCUGGAUGGGGGCAGCUCGGUCACCACCUCCGGGGAGUUCUCCAAUGACAUCACCGAGCUGGAAGACUCCUUCUCCAAGCAGGUGAAGUCCUUGGCGGAAUCAAUCGAUGAGGCCCUGAACUGCCACAGUCUCCGGGGAGAGGAGGAAGAGGAGGAGGAAGAGGAGGAGGAUGAGGACGAGGAGGAUGAGGAGGACGAAGAGGAAGAGGAGGAGGAGGAGGAGGAGACGGUGGAGCCGGGGAGAGUGGAGGUCUCGGGGCCCCUCCCAGAGCAGGCAGAGACCCGGGACCGGGACCACCAUGGAGACAGCACGGGCACCUCCUUCAGUGAUGUCACGCUCUACCUGGAUGAGGCCACCGGGCCCGUGUCCCCGCUUUCCCCGGACCACCCAGCUGGCAGUGGCGAGACUCCCCAGCCGCCUCUCCCGCCCCCACCACCCGGGGCCGCCAACGCUCGGGAGGAGGACAUGGGGGCUCGUCGGGGCCCCCCUUGCCUCGAAUGCAGGGACUUCCGUCUGCGGGCCGCCCACCUUCCACUGCUGACCAUCGAGCCGCCCAGUGACAGCUCCGUGGACCUCAGUGAUCGCUCCGAUCGGGGCUCUAUCCACCGGCAACUGGGCAACUACGAGGCCAGUGGGACCAGCAGCCCCCAUGGAACCUUGCAGCAGCACCCGGAGCCACCACCGCCCGGGAGACCCCCUCACCCCCUCCGCCACUACCCAGCCCCUGAGACUAGUGGCCUGGGAGCCCCCCCGCCACCCCCUGGGAGCUCCACCCUCAACAGCAGCGGUCCCUCUGGGGGCAGCAGUGGUCGGAUCCUCAUGAGCAAGUGCGAAGCCAGCACGGCUCCGGUGGCCGGCGGCGGCGGCGGCGGCGGCGGCGGCGGCGGCGGCGGCGACAACUCUGACGGGGAGCCCGAUAGCUUGAACAGCACCACCAACUCAAAUGAGACCAUCAAUUGCAGCUCGGGGUCUUCAUCGCGAGACAGUCUGCGUGAGCCCCCUGCCCCGUUGGGGUCCCAGACUUAUCAGCGGGAAACCAGGCACAGCUGGGACUCCCCGGCCUUCAACAAUGACGUGGUCCAGAGACGGCACUACCGCAUAGGCCUCAACCUGUUUAACAAGAAGCCAGAAAAGGGCAUUCAGUACCUGAUCGAGCGUGGCUUCCUGUCGGACACCCCCGUGGGAGUGGCCCACUUCAUCCUGGAGCGCAAGGGCCUGAGCCGCCAGAUGAUCGGGGAGUUUCUGGGAAACCGGCAAAAACAAUUCAACAGGGAUGUGCUCGAUUGCGUGGUUGAUGAGAUGGAUUUCUCCUCCAUGGAUCUGGAUGACGCCCUGAGAAGGUUCCAGUCCCACAUUCGAGUGCAGGGAGAGGCCCAAAAAGUGGAGCGGCUCAUUGAGGCCUUCAGCCAGCGCUAUUGUGUGUGCAACCCGGCUCUCGUGAGGCAGUUCCGGAACCCGGAUACCAUCUUCAUCUUGGCCUUCGCCAUCAUCCUGCUCAACACGGACAUGUACAGCCCCAAUGUGAAAGCUGAACGCAAGAUGAAGCCUGAAGAUUUCAUCAAGAACCUCAGAGGGGUCGACAAUGGAGAAGACAUCCCUCGGGACCUGCUGGUGGGCAUCUACCAGCGCAUCCAAGGCCGUGAACUGAGGACCAACGAUGACCACGUAUCCCAGGUGCAGGCUGUGGAACGCAUGAUCGUGGGGAAGAAGCCAGUCCUCUCCCUGCCCCACCGGCGCCUGGUCUGUUGCUGCCAACUCUACGAGGUGCCCGACCCCAACAGGCCACAGAGGCUUGGCCUUCACCAGCGUGAAGUCUUUCUCUUCAACGACCUGCUGGUGGUCACCAAAAUUUUCCAGAAGAAGAAGAUCCUGGUGACGUACAGUUUCCGCCAGUCCUUCCCCCUGGUUGAGAUGCACCUACAGCUCUUCCAGAAUUCAUAUUACCAGUUUGGCAUCAAAUUGCUGUCCGCGGUGCCAGGCGGGGAGCGGAAGGUGCUCAUCAUAUUCAAUGCGCCCAGCCUCCAAGACCGGCUCCGUUUCACCUCUGACCUCCGGGAGUCCAUAGCUGAAGUGCAAGAGAUGGAGAAGUACCGCGUGGAAUCGGAGCUGGAGAAGCAGAAGGGGGUGAUGCGCCCCAACACCUCCCAGCCCGCCGGCUCCAAGGACGCGGUCAACGGCACAUUGCCCCGGUCCAGCCUGGAGGACACGUACGGCCUCGGUGACGGUCUGAAGCGGAGUGCCCUCAGCAGCUCCCUACGUGACCUCUCUGAUGCAGGGAAGCGGGGGCGACGUAACAGCGUGGGAUCAUUGGACAGCACCAUCGAAGGCUCUAUUAUUAGCAGCCCCCGGCCGCACCAGCGGAUGCCUCCGCCCCUGCCUCCGGCUCCGCCACCAGCUGAGGAGUAUAAGGCACAGCAGCGCCCCGCCUCCAACUCAUCCUCCUUUCUGGGCUCGCUGUUCGGCAGUCGAAGGGGUAAAGGCCCCUUCCAGACCCCUCAGGGGCCCACCUCUGCUUCUUCCUCCUCCGCCUCUUCCUCCCACCACCACCACCACCACCACCACCACCACCACCACCCCCCUCCAGCCCCGGCCCCGCACCAUCCACCGCCGGCCCCGGCUCCAGCCCCGCACCACAUACAUGCCGACGGCCCCUCCAAGCUGCAGGCCCUCCACGCCCAGUACUGCCACGUGCCCGCGGGGCCAGCCCCGCCUCCCCCACCCUACCACCCACAGCCUGCCCCACCCCCACCCCCCCAGCCAGCCCCUCUCCCCCAGGUGGGCAACAUCCCACCGCCACCUGCCUCGGCGCCACCCGUGGGGCCGCACCGUCACUUCCUCGGCGGGCACGGCCCUCAGCACUUUACGCUGGGCCGGGCUGGGGGCCGAGCCAAACGGGGAGCGGCCGGGGUAGCCUCCAUGGGGGGUCGCUACCCGCUGCACCAACCCACUUCACCCCUGCCUCUGUACAGUCCGGCCCCGCACCACGGGCUGGUCCACCAUGCUUACCCCCCGCCGGGUCCACCGCCACCUGGUGUCCACCACGUGGCCAGUGCAUCCAAACAGGGCCCCAAGCACUUUAUCUUUGGCGGGCACCCCCCGCCGAUGAUGUCCCGGUCAGCACCCGGAGGGCCCUAUGGAGGUGGCGGGGGUGGGGGGGGCCACCCAGGGCCAGUGCACCCACCCCAGUCGCCGCUGUCGCCUCACUCGCCCGUGAUACCACCCCACCCUUCAUACCCACCGCUGCCUCCACCCUCACCCCAUACCCCACUCACCCCACAUUCACCUGCACCACCCACCUCUCCCCACCCACCGGCUCAUAGCCACGGUCAUGGCCACCCCCACAGUCACGGCCACGGUCCUGGGAACCCCAAGCCCAAGCCAGCCAGUAGGAUCAGCACCGUCGUUUGAAUCAUAAGCGGAAGGUCAGCUCGCCACCUUCUGGGUUGGCCUUGGAUCCUCCCGGGACACUCUCUGCCUGCCCUUCAUUAAAAAAAAACAAAACAAAAAACAAAAAAAAGUCCGUGUACAGAGAACAGGAGAGAUGUGGCCACCAAAUGACCCCGUCCCCGGUCCUACUCCUAGGGGGACAUGGGGCAAACCCCCGCUUCCCCUCCCUGGGCUUAAUUCCCCUCUGUAAAAUGAGGGGGUCACCUCCAGAUUUCCAGUUAUGAUCUUGUCUCCCCCUCCACCCCAUGAGGCUCAGUCUCUGCUAUAAAACCAGAAACUUCACCUGGGUGGGUCUAAAGCAAUCUGGCAUCAGCCUAGGAUCUUGACCUGGGGCCCACACUGCUCAGAGCUUUCCUCGGGGGCUCUGGAUUCCCCUGAACUACCCAAUCAUUGAGCAGAAGAUGUGGGAGCAGAGGGAAAGGAGGAAAGUCUUCAACAUCACAGUCCCCGUGGCCCCCGAGGAGUCAUGGGAGGGCUUGUAGAGAGACUCACCUAGAAGGGUGCCCCCCAGGAAGGUGGGCCGUGGAGGGGGGGCUCUUGCCAGGGCUUGACCCUGUUCUUCUUCUGCGGAGGUACUCCCCCUCCCACAUGCUUGGCAAGAGGUAAGGGCUACAGGGUUGGAGCCGCUUGGGUCCCUUUCCCCUCCUGCCUUUGGGUCUGCCCUUUCCUUCUCAAUCUGCCUCCUCUGAUCUCAGGGGAAUCUCCUUCCCACCCAGAGUAGAAAUCCCAAUUUAGCCUGAUCCGGAAGGAACGCUGAAUCCCAACGUUCCUCGUCCCCCUCCCCCCCCCCCCCCGCCCCAGCUCUUGACCCCUCUCCAUCAGCCGAUGCACUUUAUAGGCCAGGGGGCAGGGGAUAGGGAGAGAAUAGAAUUGUAGUUCUCUCCCCAAAUGCUGGGAUGGACAGGGACUCUCAGAGACCCCUCCCCCCCCCCCCCAGUGUGGGCUCCUGGGAGAGUAGAGCGUAUGCGUGUGCGUGUUGGGGGUCAUGCCGGUGGGUGGGGAGACAGCUGGAGCAAAGUCCAGGAGUCCAACAGACUGGGCCAGAUUGGGCGGGACAGGCUCAGGUGGGACGGAGUUGGGCAGAAGGGGCUCCGGACACAGGCUCCCCCCCAAAGGAGCCUCCAGGAAUACACCUGAGGAAUGGGGAUGAGACAGAAACGACUCAGAUAGACUUGGUCCUGGCUGCCUCCUCCUUGUUUAUUCUGAAGAUGUUUUUGAAGCCAACCCCAGUGCCCCAGCCAGUCCUCUAGCCGCCUUCCUGCCCGCAUGUCCUCGAAGUACUUGCCAUUCUUUCCUGCCUACCCGGCCCCAGUUGCCUCCAGGGAGCGGACAAGGGGUGCAGUCCGGCUUGCACACAGCCGGGGCUGGCAGAGCGUUGGUCCAAAGCCUGAGGGAGGGGCCUCGCUGUCUCGGUUGGCCCUGGUCUGUUUUUCUUCUCUUUGUUGUACAUAAGAAUGUAUAUUUGAUGUCUUAUAAAAGCCCCCAUCUUUGGCCUGUGCUCA